GACAUACAACGAAUGGGAAAGAUGAUUGCAAUGUUGUGGAUCGCCAUCACCCAGAAUGCAACCGAGCAGCAUCAUCAGACAAUCACGCUGCGUGGAAGCCAAAUGACGACUGUAUGUGUAAUAGGGAGCUGAACAAUAAGUUAGGCACCGGUAAAGAUAGAAGAAGAUGUGGGGAGGAGGAGGAGGAGGAAGAGAAGGAAGAGAAAGAAGAGGAGUAG